UCUUUCCCAAGUUCCGCAGUGUCACCUAAGUAGCGCUCUAUUUAUGUACUGCAUGCACUGUAUGUGCUUUGACCAGCUGCUCCAUGUCGUGGACCAUCUGUUCAUGGUAUCCCUGAUAACUUCGCUCUAUUCUUAACUUUGCCGCAUGAGUAUGUAGUUUGGCAUGUCCUCUGCACGGACUUGCGCGAUGAUGCACUUUUUUCGCGGUAGCUAGUACUGCCGCUGAUGCUGUAAAGCAUGUCGACUGCAGCUGGUUUCCACCUGUUCCUGGCAGUUGCCGCCAUCUUGUCUCAACAUGUCCAGUCUGCCGACAUCCUCGUCGUGACAUCAACCUACAACAGUCCCUGGAUGGACGUGGCAAAGAUUGCCGAAGCAUUGGCCUCCCGCGGACACGUCGUCACCGUGUUGGCCCAUGCUAAUCAGAAGAGCGACCUGAUGCGUAAAUGGCCGACCUUGCAGUACGAAACAUUCGGCGAUCCCGAAAAAACACCGUCGAUUAAGGAAUUGACAAAAUCUCUGCCUCAAAAGGUAUUUUCCUCACCUAGGACGCUAGACCUCCUAACGUUUGCCAGAGCUUUGAGUUCUGCUUUGGUGGACCUCAGUGAAGAGAUGCUGGUUGACAAUCAGCUACUGACAAAACUGAAGAACAGCCGCUAUGACGUUGUCCUGACGUAUUCUGGUAACUCAUGUGGGCCCCUGGUGGCGCAGUUCUUGGACCUGCCGCUAGUCUGCACGAUGAGGUCGUUGCCUUUGGGACAAGACAUCCGAGCCACCGGUGUUCCCCAUCCUCUUGCUUACGUGCCAACAGUUACAUCGGAGUUGUCAGAUCGGAUGACGUUCUCACAGAGAGUGAAGAACGUGCGGUUUUACUUCGCAGGUUCUAUUGUUGGACAGCUGCUUUUCGAUAAAGGUUUCGACGACGUUGCCAAAAGAACGAUUGGGGAGAAGUUUACCAUGUCUGCUGGCCUGGCAAGAACCGACGUGUGGCUCUACCAAUCAGAUCUCAUGUUCGACUUCCCUAAACCCAUGAUGCCAAAUAUGGUCAGCAUAGCUGGUCACGUGGCUGAGGACGUCAAGCCCCUCAGUGAGGAGAUGGAGAAGUUCGUGCAGAGUUCUGGAGAUGACGGUGUUGUGCUUGUGACGUUCGGCUCCAUGAUAGCAGCUAUGCCUGCAGAAAUAGCCGACAUGCUGGCCGCUGCUUUUGCCCGUCUGCCACAGAAGGUUGUGUGGCGCUACGCUGGGACGCCACCUCCAAGUCUAGGGCCCAACACCAAGACCAUGGAGUGGGUGCCUCAAAACGACUUACUAGCUCAUCCGAAGACAAAGGUGUUUGUAUCACAUUGUGGAUACAACGGAGUAGCAGAGGCCAUGUACCACGGGGUGCCCCUGGUCGGCAUGCCUCUGUUCCUUGACCAAUUCGAUAACAUCGCCAGGAUGGUGGCCCGUGGGAUGGGGGUGUCAUUGGACAUCCACAAGGUGACGUCAAAGGAGGUUUACCGGGCUAUCAGUACCGUGAUUUCGGAUCCUAGCUACAAGGAGAAAGCCAAUCAGAUCUCCACGCAUCUUCGUGACCAACCACAGUCGCCCAUGGAGCGGGCAGUGUGGUGGAUAGAACACGUCAUCAAACAUGGCGGCCUCCCCCAUCUCAGGUCGAGGGCACCCGAACUCCCCUUCUACCAGUACUACCUGUUAGACGUUAUUGCCCUGAUUGUGGCAGUUAUAUCUGCUGUCUUGUUGUCUUGUUGGAAGUGUUGUUCGUUUGCAUGUUGCAUGUGCAAGAGGGAUAACACCAACACCAAAAAGAAAACCAACUGAUCCCAAAGUUCGUUUUGUAAGCGGGAAUUUCCUUCCAAAAUGAUCGAAGAGAAGAAUAUCAUACUCCCCUUACAAAAAUUAUUUUUCUGUAGCCUGGAUAUCCAUAACUAAUAAUGUCGACAUCAUAUUUUUGAAGGUCCGCCUCAGUACAUAGUGAAAUGCGGUGAUGAUGAUGCAUGAUAAAACAAUCUUGUAUUGAAAAAAGUAAAAAAAAAGUAAUUAGUGAGUCAUUAGUGUCGGUGACUAUGUUUUGGAAAUGCAAAUAGAGAUAUGACAAGUUUUACUUUAAAUCUAACAGCAAGACUGUGAAUCUGAUUGCUUUUCUAAGCAUGUCUUUUAUUGUUAGGCAGUAGUAGUGAG